GGCCGGCGGGGGCGGGGCGGGGCCGAUGCCGUUUCCGUUGCCUGGAACCCGCAGAAAGCAGCUGCCUGGAGCGUUCUCCGCCCGCGUCUCUUCCCGCUCUCUGCGCCGCCGCUCUCCCGGAGGUUCGGGUCUGGUCCUGCAUCAGUCACCUUCUCCUGACCUGGGCAGUCGCCAUGGCACAGGUGCUCAGAGGCACUGUGACUGACUUCCCUGGAUUUGAUGAGCGGGCCGAUGCAGAAACUCUUCGGAAGGCCAUGAAAGGCCUGGGCACCGAUGAGGAGAGCAUCCUGACUCUGCUGAUAUCCCGCAGUAAUGCUCAGCGCCAGGAGAUCGCUGUGGCUUUUAAAACUCUAUUUGGCAGGGACCUUCUGGAUGACCUGAAAUCAGAACUGACUGGAAAAUUUGAAAAAUUAAUUGUGGCUCUGAUGAAACCCUCUCGGCUUUAUGAUGCCUAUGAACUGAAGCAUGCUCUUAAGGGAGCUGGGACAAAUGAAAAAGUCCUGACAGAAAUUAUUGCUUCAAGGACACCUGAAGAACUGAGAGCCAUAAAACAAGUUUAUGAAGAAGAAUAUGGCUCGAGCCUGGAAGAUGAUGUGGUGGGGGACACUUCAGGGUACUACCAGAGGAUGUUGGUGGUCCUCCUUCAGGCUAAUAGAGACCCUGAUGCUGGAAUUGAUGAAGCACAAGUUGAACAAGAUGCUCAGACUUUGUUUCAGGCUGGAGAACUUAAAUGGGGAACAGAUGAAGAAAAGUUUAUUACUAUCUUUGGAACACGAAGUGUGUCUCAUUUGAGAAGGGUGUUUGACAAAUACAUGACUAUAUCAGGAUUUCAAAUUGAAGAAACCAUUGACCGAGAGACUUCUGGUAAUUUGGAACAACUGCUCCUUGCUGUCGUGAAAUCCAUUCGCAGUAUACCUGCCUACCUUGCAGAAACCCUCUACUAUGCUAUGAAGGGAGCUGGGACAGAUGAUCAUACCCUUAUCAGAGUUGUGGUUUCCAGAAGUGAGAUCGACCUGUUUAACAUUAGGAAGGAGUUUAGGAAGAAUUUUGCCACCUCUCUUUAUUCCAUGAUUAAGGGGGACACAUCUGGGGACUACAAGAAAGCCCUCCUGCUGCUCUGUGGAGAAGAUGACUGAUGUGCGCCUGGGGAGAGACCCUGCACCGUGCCUGCCACCGUCACCACUGCCUUCCUGCAGUGCAUCUCACUGCACUUUCUGCACGCCAGAGCGUGGCACGUUGCCUUAUUCAUGCUAGCAUGCUAUGACCAAAACAUAUAUGUUGUAGAAGAAAAUAGUGGUGCUCCUUUCUGAUCUUCAUUAAAAUCCUUCUCUUUGACUGUCGUAGUCCUGAAGUGUACUUAUGUUACUAAGACUAAAGUCUGGAUCAUUUAUAUUUUCCUUUAAGAGGUCAGACUGCUUUCAGCCUUUUUUAAAAACUUCAUUUAUAUUAAAUUGAUAACCGCAUUACCUUAAUCGGAACCUUAGCCUUGAAAUUGUGAACUCCUGGAAAUGUUAUUAAUCAAGUUUGCUACUAAAUUAAACCUGAAAAAUUAUGGUGGUUGCAUUCAAAGGAUUAAUGAAUAAUAAACAUUUCCUUCCUCCUGAA